AUGUGCAUGUGUGAGCCAUUGCCAUACAAAAUCCGUUCCGGGAUUCCUUGCGCAAGCGUUGAUAAGCUUGGUAAAGGAGAUGGGAAUGUUGAUGUUGAAGCCAAAAAUGUUGGCUUUCAGUGCAGUGAAAAGGCACAUUGCAAGUUCGAAGUCACCAAAGCAGCGCAACAAUGUGCCCUUGCGGGCAUACCCAUCGAGAAGUUCAACCACCCUUUCAGAAUUCCCGAACACACGCCCAGUUUGAGUGUAUCACGUGAGCACGUAGUGAGAGGAGUUACAGAGGUAGUACUAGCAUCAGCAGUCAAUUUCGUGAUUGGUGCUUUUGGGGUUGGAGGGCACUUCUCACAUCCAGAUACAAGUGCAAACAACACAGCAAAGUUAAGUGCCACGAAAACACAUACUUUGGGGAGCCAUAAUUUUCAAUGUUUUGAUCAAAUUCAGUAA